GUGAUUGUAAUACGCAUUAAAUUGAUAAUCACUAGUUGCUUGUAGCAUCUUCAGUCUAUUCAGCUGAUAUGGAUCACUCUAAUAACUCAUAAGGACCUGUUCCCCCUCACGUGGCUUUACACUUCAUGUUGCAGUCGUCAAUUUUCUACGUUUCAAGUUCACAGCUUAGAUUCUUCGAUCAUGGACUGUCUUUAAUUUGCAUUUCAUCUACAUUUCAUUAGAUGAGAAUCAUGCAGCAGUUUUUCCAGACCUUAUGUGGGCUACAUAUAUAUGAGCUGACCCACUUUCAGAAACCAUUAAGCAUCCACUCAAGAGCAUUCCCUCCAAUGGAGACAUUGAGAAAGUCCUUGAAAUCUUGCUGUUCUCAUUCCAAACUGCAGCAACAGCAUGAAGCCCUCUUGGAUCACAGUGGUGGCCAGGAAGCGCAGUCGGUGGUUGAUAUUCAUACUUCCACUCCCUGCGCAGAAACAACGGGGGUUACUACUGCUGCUUCAAACCCCAGCAAACCAGCAAAGCAGAAGGUAUCCUUCGCCAAAAUCGCGGAGGAAGCCAUGUGGCGCAUACCAGAUAAAGACGGCCAACUGUCUCACAACGAUCAAUCCUUACGUCGUAACCCAUGGAGGUCACUCAUGAUUAGAACGAAGUCCAGACUAAUUGAAGACGAAGACGACAGAACAAUGAACUCCGACGAUAUUGAAUCUCCAGAAGAAGACUGUGUCAAAGAAGAAGAAGAAGACAAGGAUGACCAUGAAGAUGUCUCAAACAACCACCACCUGGAAACCAGUACUUUCGCAAUGCUCGUGUGGCAGUUGCCUCUCGUAUCAUCUCUCUUAGCCUUAGCUUCCACGCUCAGCAUACCUUCCAUGAGAAACCAAACUCUUUGUGAUCUUCCCUUAUGGAAAUGGGAGGUCAUGGCUCUGGUAAUCCUGGGGGGAAAUUGGGUCUCCAGUUGGUUGAUCAAGCUCGUUGUGAUCCUCAUCGAGCAGAACUUCCUACUCCAGAAGCGAGUUCUCUACUUUGUCUACGGAUUAAAGAAGGCUGUUCAACACUCUAUCUGGUUAGGCUCAACUUUACUCAUUUGGCACUUCAUCAUCUUCGACGACAAGAUUGAGAAGCAGACUCACAGCAAAAUCUUGCCUUAUGGAACCAAGAUUUUAACUUGCCUUUUAGUUGGAACUUUGAUCUGGCUGGGUAAGACCCUCUUCGUCAAAGUCCUCGCCUCUUCCUUCCACGAGAACACGUUCUUUGAGCGAAUCCAGGAGGCGUUAUUCAAUCAGUUCGUGAUCGACACACUCUCUGGUCCGCCUGCUUUUGAAGGAAAUGAAAUGAGGUAUGGGAGGAAACUGGAGAAGUACUCCACCAUUGGGAACAGGUCGAGGUUUUCGAGAAGGAACGAGGAGAUUCCCAUCGAUGAGCAGCAGAAUCUGAGCAAGAAAAACAUGUCGGGCUGGACCAUGAGGAGAAUGAUCAAUAUUGUUCGACGAGGUUCAUUGUCUACUCUGGAUGAGCACGUGCUUGAUUCGGACACGACAGGUGACGAGUCGUCCUUGCAUAUAAGGAGUGUGUGCCAAGCAAAGGCAGCAGCCAAGAAGAUCUUCACCAAUGUGGCUGCUCCAGGAUCCCAGCAUAUUUUCGUUGGGGACCUGAUGCGGUUCAUGGGUAAAGAAGAGGCUUUGAGGGCCAUGCAUCACUUCGGACCAGCUUCUGAGAAUGGAGGGAUAAGCAGAUCAUUGCUCACCGAGUGGCUGGUGAAUGCAUUCAGGGACAGGCAAGCCCUCGCGCUGUCCCUGAACGACACGAAAACAGCAGUGGACGAGCUCCACAGCCUGCUGAACGUCAUCGUAGCAGUGAUCAUCGUAAUAAUCUGGCUCGUCAUGCUGGGAAUCCCCAUCGCCCACUUCCUCGUCCUCUUGAGCUCCCAGAUCCUCUUGGUAGGAUUCAUCUUCAGCAACUCCUGCAAGACCACGUUCGAGGCCAUCAUUUUCUUGUUCGUCAUGCAUCCCUUCGACGUCGGCGAUCUGUGUGAAGUCGACGGCGUCCAGAUGAGAGUGGAGGAAAUGAACAUCUUGACUACAGUGUUCUUAAAGUCGGACUACCAGAAGAUCACGUUCCCAAACAGCCUUUUGUCGACCAAACCGAUCUCCAACUACUACCGCAGCCCCGAUAUGGCGGAGGCGAUCCACCUCUGCGUCCACAUCUCGACUCCACUGGAGAAAAUCUCCGCCUUGAACGACCGGCUAAAAUGCUACGUGGAGCGCCACAACCAGUUCUGGCACCCGACGGCGUCGGUCACCAUAACAGAGGUGGAAGACAUGAACAAGCUGAAAAUACAAGCGCUGGUGAGGCACAGGAUGAACUUCCAGAACAUGGGGGACAGAUUCGCGAGGAGAAACCAUCUCAUUCAGGAGCUCGUAAGAAUGUUCCGCGACUUGGAAGUCGAGUACCGGUUGCUCCCGCUCGAUGUCAACGUGCGAAAUCUCCCGGCUUCCAAUUGAGGGUAAAUACAAUUUAAUAUCCAAACCUUUCAUUUUAAACAAUAUAAUAGCCAAACUUUUUCGAAAACAAUCUAAUAUCCAAAUCAUCAACUUUCUGUCUGUUUGACCGUUGGUUGACACUUCAAAAACGCUUUCUUUAGGGGAAAUUGUCACAAUACAACUUUGUUUUCUUGUUUUGGCAUUGCAGAUGACUGAAUAUUUAGAUAUUCUAUACCAUCAUGGUGGAGUCAUGGACUGAUCGGGUUUGGAACCACGAUAUGUUGGUGGUUUUCCAUAGAAGAUAUCGAUGGAUAUUGAUGAAGCGUCGUACUUCGAACUUUUUUGAAGUGUCAACUAACGGUCAAACGAACGGAAAGUUGACGAUUUGGAUAUUAGAUUGUUUUCGAAAAAGUUUGGUUAUUAUAUUGUUUAAAAUGAAAGGUUUGGAUAUUAAAUUGUAUUUACCCUCCAAUUGAUGAACGAGGUAAGAAUUGGUAAUAAGUAAAAAUAAAUAAAUAAAUAAAAGAAAUUCGA